AUGGGGCUGAGAGACAUCGAGAUGACGCUUCCGCCAGGGUUCCGGUUCUACCCGAACGACGAGGAGCUGGUGUGCCACUACCUGCAGAGCAAGGUGGCCAACCAGCACUUCGCCGGCUGCGGAGGAGCCGCCGGGACCAUGGUGGAGGUGGAUCUGCACGUCCACGAGCCAUGGGAGCUGCCAGAUGUAGCAAAGCUGAGCGCAAACGAGUGGUACUUCUUCAGCUUCCGAGACCGCAAGUACGCGACAGGGCUGCGCACGAACCGCGCCACCAGGUCCGGCUACUGGAAGGCCACAGGCAAGGACCGCGUCAUCCGGAGCCCAAGGUCGUCGUCAUCUCGCUCCGGCCGGGCCACCAUCGUCGGCAUGCGCAAGACCCUCGUGUUCUACCGCGGCCGUGCCCCCAACGGCACCAAGACCUGCUGGGUCAUGCACGAGUUCCGCAUCGAGAACCCUCAUUCCCCACCCAAGGAGGACUGGGUGUUGUGCAGAGUUUUCCACAAGAAGAAAGCCGACACGGACUACGCCAUGGACGGCAAGGCGGACCUCGGCAGCGGUGCCGUGAGCGGAUCCAACUACCUAAGCUCCUCGUCCUGCCACGAUCCGGAACAGUAUCACCAGUCGCCUAUGGCCCCGUUCCCUUCCAUCGGCGCGGGCGGCCACAAUUACCAGCUCCUGCCAUGUGAUCAUCAGCACCCACACGGCGCAGCAGGCGUCUCGGUCAGCGAUGUCGACCCCUUUGCCGUCAUGCCACAACUGCUGAGCUACGACAGUAUCCUCGACUUCAGCCAGCAACUCCAUGGCGGCCGCAGUGCAGCGGCGUGUUUGAGAGACGGUGGCGAUGAUCAGCUGCAGGUGCAGGAGGAGCACUACAAGUACAACAGCUUGAUAUAG